AUGGACUCCCUCAAGCUGCGGGCCAGAGAAGCGAUCGAGUCCGCCCACGCCCAGGCUGCAUCGAAAGCCUUCCAAGAUCAUGUCAUGGACAACCCGCAAUCGCUCAUCUAUACCGCCCUCGCCGUCGCGACCUUCAUCUGGGCGUCAGUGUUGAUUGUUCGCCGCUUCAAGCCCAGCAAGACACCAUCAAGACGCGGUUCACCGGAUCCUGAGAAGCCGAGCAAGUUCAAGGUCGAUCGUCCGCCUGGAGUAUGGCCUCCAUCAGACUUCAAGCGUCCAGCCGCCGAGCCGUACCCGAACUGGUCAGUCGACACGAGCAAACCGCGCCCCUACCGGCCCUUCCGCUACGGACCCAAAUACAACACGACCAUGGGCCUGCGCACGAUGGACUGGAACGAGUGGAUCGAGCUAGACAACCACUACCACGACUUCCACGCAAAGAAGGCGGCACGACUGGCAUCGCCGCGCGCCGCAAAGCUAUACCACACCGCGCCCGAGGUAUACGACGGCGCGGUCGAGCUGCUCGAGGAGCUGUGCUCGUACCUGCCGCAGCGGUACCCCACCAUGUUCAAGAAAACCCCCGUCGGCAUGGACAACGUCGUGACGGGCGAGUCGCUCAACAUCGUCGAACGCCCGCUCAAGGAAGACCCGAUGGUCAUGUGCGCGCGCCAGAUCCAAGACGACCUCGCCAUCAUGUUCGAGCGGCCCGACGGCCAGUACUACCUGCUCGCGGGCUGCAUCCUGCUCGCGGGCUUCUGGCGGCUCGAGGACAAGCUGGGCAUGCCGCUGAGCGAGAUCCACACGUCGGCCAGCGUGCCCGAGUACAAGACGAAGCUGGAGAAGGGCAUGAUGAACUUCUUCCGCCGCGUCCGGCCCGAGAACCCCGUCGUGCGCAACAACUACUUCAUCCAGGUCGACGACGACCUCGCGUGGAGCUACAGCAUCGGGCCCGAGGACGGCGAGGAGGGCACCAUCGGCUGGUUCUCCGCCGAGAAGGACCGCGCCAUCAAGCAUCAUUUCUUCCGCAGCGAGAGGCAGAGCUUGAGGAGACUCCCCCGCUCCGGCGGCGUCGUCUUCACCAUCCGCACCUAUUUCCACCCCAUCACCGACAUCUGCGACGAGCCCUACGUCCCCGGCCGCCUCGCGUCCGCCAUCCGCAGCUGGAACGGCGAGGUGUCGUCGUACAAGGGCCGCGAGCGCUUCGAGAACGUCCUGCUCGAGUACCUCGACAAGCGCCACGAGGAGCAGCUGGCCGCCGGCCUGGAGCUGGACAAGGAGGACGAGGUCAGGCAGUAUCCGUGGUAG